ACAUUUAGGUACAUUAAUUGAGUCUUCCAAGUUUGAUUAUCUAGAUCACCAUACGUCCCCUUAUUCCUAUAUAUGAAGCCAUGCGACGUUUCCUGAUCCACCCCAUUCUGUUUUCUUGUCAUGGUUUCAGGUCCUUCUUUUAUACCAGUUAAACUGUUUCUUAGGCUUUUCUACUGCAAUUGUAAGGGCAGUGUGCGUAGUUGAACUAGUUUUGAGUGUUCACUCUUACACUCAGAGUCUAGUGUUUGAUUCUUAUCACACGAAGAUACUUGAACCGGGAAACCAUGGCAAUACAGUUGCGAUGUUGGAUCGUAUGCUUGUUACUUUUAGUGUUACUAGUUAGCGUUGCAUUGACAAAUGGCACAGAUGCUAGUACUGAUCCGCCCAUUCAUUGUGGCUCUCUCAGCAGAAGUAGUUUUGAUCCAGGGUUCAUAUUUGGCACAGCUUCGGCAUCCUAUCAGUUCGAAGGUGCUGCAAAAGAAGAUGGUAGAGGACCAAGCAUAUGGGAUACCUAUACGCACGCCCAUCCAGAAAGAAUUGUAGAUGGCAGCAAUGGAGAUGUUGCUGUUGAUCAAUAUCACCGCUACAAGGAAGAUGUGAGGAUUAUGGAGGAUAUGGGGUUGGAUGCUUAUAGGUUCUCUAUCUCGUGGUCCAGAUUGCUACCAAGUGGCAAGUUAAGUGGCGGCGUGAACCAGAGGGGAAUCACAUAUUACAAUAAUCUCAUCGAUGAACUCUUACACAAUGGUAUAAAACCAGUAGUGACACUCUUUCAUUGGGAUGUUCCUGAAGCUUUGGAACAUGAAUAUGGUGGUUUCUUAAGCCCUCAUAUUAUCAAUCAUUUUAGAGACUAUGCAGAGCUUUGUUACAAGGAAUUUGGUGAUCGAGUAAAGCUAUGGACCACGUUGAAUGAGCCACAUAGUGUGUCAAACAGUGGUUUUGCAGUUGGGUCUCAUGCACCGGGACGUUGCUCUUAUUGGCAAAAGCGGAAUUGUCUCGGUGGAGAUUCAGCAAUCGAACCAUACUUGGUGACGCACCAUCUCCUUCUUUCUCAUGCAGUUGCUGUAAAAGUGUACAAAGAUAAAUAUCAGGCAUUUCAAAAAGGUCUGAUCGGAAUAACAUUGGAUACAUAUUGGUUUGUUCCUGCUUCGGAGACAGAGGAAGAUAAACAUGCUGCAUUACGGUCAUUGGAUUUUAUGUUCGGAUGGUAUAUGGAGCCAUUGACAAGUGGGGAUUAUCCACAGAGCAUGCGUUCUCUUGUUGGAAAACGAUUACCAGUAUUCACCAACGAAGAAUCCAUGUUGCUAAUUGGGUCAUUUGAUUUUCUUGGAUUAAAUUAUUAUACUGCUAGAUACUCAAGCAAUGACGUAACUGAUAAUUCUUCCAUACCUGCAAGCUACGUAACAGAUUCUCACGUCAAAGUUACAACUGAGCUCAAUGGCGUCCCAAUUGGUCCACCGACUGCUUCUGAUUGGUUAUACGUUUACCCAAAAGGAGUUCACGAUCUUUUACUCUACAUAAAGGAAAAGUAUAAUGAUCCACUCAUUUACAUUACUGAAAAUGGUGUAUCCGAGUUCAAUGAUCCUAAAUUAUCACUCGAGGAAGCCCUUAAUGAUACUAAUAGAGUUGACUUCUAUUAUCGCCACUUAUGUUACGUUCGAGCUGCAAUCAAAAAUGGCUCCAAAGUGAAGGGAUACAUUGCAUGGUCAUUACUGGACAACUUUGAAUGGGAAAUAGGAUACGCUGUUCGAUUUGGUAUCAACUAUGUGGAUUACAACAAUGGGUUGAAAAGAUAUCCAAAACUCUCGGCACACUGGUUCAAAAGUUUCCUCAAGGACUCAAGAAGUGUUGCAAUCUGAAAUGUCAAAAACACCAAGUUUGUGUAUCAAAUUUGAAGAUGAAUUAAAUAGAUAAUAAAUGUCAUUAUUAAGGGGAAAUUUGGAAAAAUAACCAAAUUUUAGACCCCAUAUAAAAUUAUAGCCACCAUUUUAAUUUGUGAUAGUUAUAAUCAAAACUUGAUGUAAAAGUACUCAUAUUACAUAUUUGAAUAUAGAUGGAGAGAAUUUUCCGAAUUCCCA